CCUGCGCAGGCGCCGAGGGGUCGGGUCGGACGCAGAAAUGGCGGCCUCCAUAUUCUGCAGCCGGCUGCUGGCCGCCGCUCCCCUGAGGAGCCGCCCGCCCCGGGGGGCGCUGGGGGCCGCCGCUCAGGUUCUGGGAAGCUCUGGACUGUUCAACAGCCAUGGACUCCAAGUGCAGCAGCAGCAGCAGAGGAACCUUUCCCUACACGAGUACAUGAGCAUGGAGCUGCUGCAAGAAGCGGGAGUCGCCAUUCCCAAGGGACACGUGGCCAAGUCCCCAGACGAAGCUUAUGCCAUUGCCAAAAAAUUAGGUUCAAAAGAUGUUGUGAUAAAGGCACAGGUUUUAGCUGGUGGUAGAGGAAAAGGAACAUUUGAAAGUGGCCUCAAAGGAGGAGUGAAGAUAGUUUUUUCUCCAGAAGAAGCAAAAGCUGUGUCCUCACAAAUGAUUGGGAAAAAGUUGUUUACCAAGCAAACGGGAGAAAAGGGCAGAAUUUGCAAUCAAGUGUUGGUUUGUGAGCGAAGAUACCCCAGGAGGGAGUACUACUUUGCAAUAACGAUGGAAAGGUCGUUUCAAGGUCCUGUGUUAAUAGGAAGUUCUCAAGGCGGCGUCAACAUUGAAGACGUUGCUGCAGAGUCUCCUGAAGCCAUAGUCAAAGAGCCCAUUGAUAUCGUAGAAGGCAUCAAAAAGGAACAAGCCGUCCGGCUUGCACAGAAGAUGGGAUUUCCGCCAAAUGUUGUGGAUUCUGCGGCAGAAAACAUGGUGAAGCUUUACAACCUUUUCCUGAAAUACGAUGCCACCAUGGUGGAAAUCAAUCCCAUGGUGGAGGAUGCGGAUGGCGCUGUGCUGUGUAUGGAUGCGAAGAUCAAUUUUGAUUCUAAUUCAGCCUAUCGCCAGAAGAAGAUCUUUGACCUCCAGGACUGGACCCAGGAAGAUGAAAGGGACAGAGACGCGGCGAAGGCGGACAUCAACUACAUCGGCCUGGAUGGGAACAUAGGCUGUCUCGUGAACGGUGCUGGUCUGGCCAUGGCCACAAUGGACAUCAUAAAACUUCACGGGGGGACGCCGGCCAACUUCCUGGACGUCGGGGGCGGUGCCACAGUCCACCAAGUGACGGAAGCCUUCAAGCUCAUCACUUCCGAUAAAAAGGUACUGGCUAUCCUGGUCAACAUUUUUGGAGGGAUCAUGCGGUGCGACGUCAUUGCACAGGGCAUCGUCAUGGCGGUGAAGGACCUGGAGAUUAAGAUACCCAUUGUGGUGCGGCUCCAAGGUACACGAGUGGAUGACGCUAAGGCGCUGAUAGCGGACAGUGGACUGAAAAUUCUCGCUUGCGAUGACUUGGACGAAGCUGCUAAAAUGGUUGUAAAGCUCUCUGAAAUAGUGACCUUAGCCAAACAAGCCCAGGUGGACGUGAAAUUUCAGUUGCCAAUCUGAUCUGAGACUACAGUGGACGGCCGGAGGUUUCAAACGUGCUCUAAUCAUUAAAAAUACUGUGUCCUGUCAUUGUUUCUUUUCUCUUCAGUGUGUGAAAAUUAUAUUGCCGUCUAGGCAUAAAAACUUGUAAAAGCGCCUGGCCUGCAUUUAACCCCCUGUUGGGAGUGGGCUGUGUGUGUAAAGAGUGUGCGCUGUGCUCACCCAGCUCCCUGUGCGCAGCCUCCCGCUCCGCCUCCCUGGAUGCGACUUGCAGUAGCCGCUGGCCGCUGUUGGAUACGGCAUCCUUCGUUAAUGAGUCCUACGAAUAAAAUAAAUACGAAUAAAGCUUUAUUCUUUAGUGUUAGAACUAUUGUAUCUAAUAACUAGCCACAUUAGUAGAGAAUGUAAUAAAAUGAUGUUUUAUAUAAGUGUUUAUCUUGAACACCAAAUACUGAACUAAGCACAUCAAUCACUAUUUAUAGACGCAGCUUUCAAACACUCCUCAGAAUAUUCUUUUAAAUAAAUAUUUCAGUAAAGUAACUUAAUUAUCUGAACAUUGUUUUAAUCAUUACAAAGCACCAACAACAGCAGGUCCUCUCGAUCCUGUGGUACUGGGAGGAACGUGUAGGUUUGUAUCAAAUAAAGGCAUGUUUACCAAGGACUUGGUGUACAAAUAAUGGCAAUUUAAGUUAAUAAAAAUCUCCCAAUGUGAA